AUGGCUGUCGUCCCCGUCCCUGAAUCCAUCCCUGUCCCUGAAUCCAUCCCCGUCCCUGAUUCCAUCCCUGUCCCUGACUCCAUCCCUGUCCCUGACUCCAUCCCUGUCCCCGUCCCUGAAUCCAUCCUCGUCCCUGAAUCCAUCCCCGUCCCUGAUUCCAUCCCCAUCCCCGUCCCUGACUCCAUCCCCGUCCCCGUCCCUGACUCCAUCCCUGUCCCCAUCCCUGAAUCCAUCCCCAUCCCUGAAUCCAUCCCCAUCCCUGAUUCCAUCCCUGUCCCCAUCCCUGACUCCAUCCCUGUCCCCGUCCCCGUCCCUGACUCCAUCCCUGUCCCCGUCCCCGUCCCCGCCUCCAUCCCUGUCUGUGUCCCUGACCCCAUCCCUGUCCCUGUUCCUGUCCCCAUCCCUGAAUCCAUCCCCGUCCCUGAUUCCAUCCCCGUCCCCAUCCCUGAUUCCAUCCCUGUCCCCGUCCCUGACUCCAUCCCCAUCCCUGACUCCAUCCCUGUCCCUGUUUCCAGCCGGGGCUCCCAUUACAUCCACCAGUUCCUCUGUCUCUGCAAUAAUCCAUAG